CAGUACAACUCAUACGCGGAAGUGUUGAAGAACUUGAAGAAUAUCUAUGACUCCAAUCGUCUUAUGUUAGGCAAAAGGGAUGUCAUCCGAGAGACCGUCGAAACAGAUAUUAAUGGAAAUGUGAUUAAAGUGGACGGAAAAGUGUUGAGAAAAUUUGUGUUAAGCGAUAGUUACAAGUGGUUGACAGUCGGGGAAGUGGUCCAGAGAGUGGAUAAUAUCGCCAAAGGAUUAAUGAGAAGUGGUGUCAAAAGUGGUGAUAAUGUGAUCAUUUGGGCGGACACUCGACUCGAGUGGACUUUAUGUAGUCUAGCGCUCAUGAAAAUCAACGCAACUUUGGCCACACUUUACUCAACAUUAGGUAAUAGUUAA